UCAAUCUGUGUAGGGGACAUAUAAACUAUGAAAUAUCUCUGGCAAUAACAUUGGGUGACACCUGUGAAUUGUCGCAGACGUGGCUCCCUAACAGGGUAGCAAUAUACUUCGCCUCUUCCUCUCUGGCUAAGCCUGUCAAAAUCCCAUGGCACCAUUCCGAACGCACGUCUCAGGACAAGUGGACGACAUCUAAAUGCGCACGGAUGGAGAGCUUCUUGGAAAGUGUUGUCCGUGCGUAAUCGCAUUAUCUGACCUGCAAAAACGCAGGCUGACAACCCAGUCGCAUAAUAUUCUUUACUGUACUUUUUUAUUGUUUUCUCUCAUUUAUUAAAAUGCCACUCUUCAUUAACCGAGACCAGAUAUUUGCGCACCAAGUGCACCUUCUGGAGCACAAACUGCGGAGCAAAGAAGAACGCAUUCUGGAGUUGGAGACUGAAAAUGCCAUUCUUCACCUGAGGCUCGCCGAUUGUCUGGGGAAACUUCGUCGGGAUCAUGCAGAAGAGGCAGAAGCAGAAGCCCAGAAGCGUUGGCAACACCAGAGAGUUGUGCAGCAAAGCACCCAGUCUGCCCUGGCCAAACUCCUGUCUGAAGUUCAGAUUUUGAAGCAGGACCUGAGAGAGGUGUUUGCGGUGUAUGUGAACUUCGCCACUGAGUUGGAGAACCAGAGCAGGCUGCUGCUGGAACAAGUCGGCCAAGCCAGCUUCGCCCUCCAGGGCCACCAUGGCAAUGAUGUGCACAGUUUGCAGGCUCAGAUGGAGGCUCUAGAGCGCUCUCUACUGGAGGAGAAGGAGCGGAGCAGGACUGAGAGGGAGAGGAGGAAGAUACUUCACAACACCUUGGUGGAGCUGCGGGGGAACAUCAGGGUCCACUGCAGAGUGCGUCCAGUCCUUCCCUUUGACGAUGGCCAGGGAUCAACAUUAGCAAUAGGGCCUGCUACAACAGAAGAGGUGGUUCAGGCAGUCAAUGAUGAUACAGUUGUUGUGAAUUGUACUAGAAUGGGGAACCUGGGGCUGAACAAGAUGUUUGAGUUUGAGAGGGUGCAUGGUCCUGAGGACUCCCAGGAUGUCGUGUUUGAGGAAGUGAAGCCUCUCCUCACAUCUCUGCUGGACGGGUAUAACGUGUGCAUCAUGGCGUACGGACAGACAGGCAGUGGGAAGACACACACCAUGAUUGGCGCCCAGGCUGAGGACCCCUCAGGACCACAGGGGGAGGCCCGGCAAGGCGUUAUUCCCAAAGCAGCCACUGAACUCUUCAGGAUGAUAUCGGAGAAACCUGCUGAGAGUCACACGGUGGAGGUGUCUGUGGUGGAGGUGUACAACAACGAGGUGUUGGAUCUGCUGGCUAAAGACGAGGACGGGGUUGCCAUGGGCGCCAAGAGAGAUGUCAUCACUACCAGCACAGGGACCAGCGAGGUGCCCUUACUCUCCUACGUGUUGGUGAGAAGCUCAGCAGAUGUGAUGCAGCUGAUCAGUUCUGUUCUGAGGUUGAGGGCUCGCUGCCCUACACUGGUCCACAGAGACUCCUCACGCUCUCAUCUCAUAGUCACCCUCACUGUCUCCUCCAAGAGCCCCAACGCACUGGCCCUGGCUCGUAGGUUACAAAGUGUCAAGAAAGACAUGCAGCGCAAGGCUCAGAAGGAGUGGUGGAGCCCCCGCUGUCGCCGUGCCAACCCAAUGGCCCGCCAAUCGGGGGACGAACGUUCCACUAGCUCCUCCUCCUCGCCCUACCACUCCCCCAGCCACUCCCCCAUUCACUCCUCUUGCCCCUCCCCCAGAGCCAGCACCGCCCAGGCUCCCUUCAGGACCAAACUACAGCUGGUGGACCUUGCAGGUAGCGAGUGUGUGGGUAUGUCAGGGGUGACUGGCGCUGCCCUGUGGGAGACGUCGUGUAUAAAUCGCAGUCUGUCUGCUCUGUCUGACGUACUGGGAGCUCUGGCAGAGCAACGGCCACAUGUGCCCUACAGAAACAGCAAGCUCACACACCUACUGCAGGAUGCCAUCGGUGGGGAUGCGAAGCUGCUGGUGAUGCUUUGUGUCUCUCCCACCCAGAGGUAUAUGACUGAGUCUCUACAGUCUCUGGGCUUUGGCACGCGGGCUCGUCAGGUCCAAAAAGAUACCCCUCGCAGGAAGAAUAUUGCCCUAAAACUGAAGUAAUGAGAGCAGAGCAGAGGAGUAUAGAAGAGAGAAGGGAGAGAGGUCCCAGGCUGUGAUGGCAUGGUCAAAGGUAGAACAGAGGUCCCCCUCAAUCAAGUGAAGGCUGAACAGAGUUACAUGUGGCCUCUGUGGCAUAAAUGUUGUAUAUAUGUAAAUAUUAUUUAGUAACUUAUGUUGUUGCUUUACUUAUACAUGUACAAAUGUUUAUCUAGCUAUUUGAACACCAAAUUGGGUUGGUUUAAAAAAAAAAAUGUUUGACAACUGUUGAAUAAUUUUCAUCUAUCGGUAUCAAACUCCAUCUCCCCUCUUUAUGUCCACCCAAAUAGUAUACAAUAUUUACUUGACCAACUAUUUUAUAUUGUGGAAUUGAUUCUUAGAUGCAGUAUUUCCCUUUGUUUUUAAAUAGAUUGACAAAUAAUUUAGGCUAGUAAUUUUUUGAUUUGUGCUAAAUCUUAGACUGAUGGUAAAUCACAGGCUUUAAGGCUUACUUAUACUGAACAAAAUAUAAAACGCAACAUGUAAAGUGUUGGUCCCAUGUUUUAUGAGCUGAAAUAAAAGAUCCCAGAAAUGUUCCAUACGCACAAAAAG